UUUUAAUACCUACACGGUACUAUAAUAAAAAAAUAAGUUCGCAAUGUUUAAAUUCGUGCUCUUUUUCUUAUUAGCCGUUCACCAUGUUAUGACAGUGGAGAUAUUUAUUGCGAGAAUGUUACUAAUUGCUUCCAACAAUCCAACAAUUUCGGUGAAAAAUGAUGGCGAUUCAUCUAGUAAAGGUAUCACCGACUUUGGAAAAGAAGAUCCAGCCUGCGCGAAAAAUGCUCUCACUCGAAAAUUGGAUAAUGGAGGUGAAGAUAUAUUUUAUUAUGGUGAGACUCUUUCUUACAGAUGGAAAAGAUCAAUGAAACUUUAUGAACAAGGCAAAAUAAAUGGACGAAUGAUUAUAAAAUAUCAAGAUGACAAAUAUGAUAAAGUUGACGCUACGUUUAAUCUUUGUGAACCCCAAAAACAAUAUAAAAAUGUUGAUGCGGGAAAUUCAAAGUCAGAGCUAGCGAGAGAAAUAUUUAAAACUGUUUUUAUUCGCUCGUAUUCAGAAUUUUGGGAGUGCAUUGAGCCAAAGACUGUUAGUGUAGGCGAUAAAUAUUUUUGGGAACGGGAUAUGGUGGAUUUUAUUCAUUGCGAUGCAAAUGCAACAAUACGUUUUGAAUUAUUUGCAACGACUGACGCCGACUGUGGAACUGGGGGAAGUGGCGAGUCUUUUACUAAUAAUGUAAUGCGUGUUUUGUUUAAUGUAUUCUUCGAUGAUUGUGAUGGUAAAAAAUAUGACGUAUUCAAAGGUCUUCCUAAGGCAAUAAUUAAUCAAGCAAAAUUAGCAGCGGCUAAAGAAAUUUUGGACGAAGUGGCUAAUAAUCCAGUUAUUCUGUAA